AUGUCGAGAUAUUUAGAAUUCGCUUCCGAGUGGCAAAAGUUUAUUGUCCAAAAGUCUGAAGUCUUGAGCGAACUCGAGAUGGACGACUUGCGGGCGGCGGUGAUGAACUGGAAGAUCGGAGUCGGCCUUGGCGCCGCGUGGUUUUUCUUCCGAAGAGUCAGAAAUCGACAGCAGUAUCACCACUUGUGCGAGUACGAAUACGGCCAGUACAAAUGUGUCCCCGAGUGGCUACCCUCAAUAAAUGGGCGAGCUCUUAAUUUUCUUUCUUGGAUUUGUAAUACACAGUUUGGUGAUCUAUUUAUCAACGAAAUCAUUAUGGCCGUUGUUGGCCUUCCCAAAUUCAGAACGUUGAAACUUGACGAAGGUCCAACAUUCUUCCCUUUUGCGCCGCAUAACCUUCCCGUCGCGUUGCCAAGCGAGCCAGUUGACAUUUCUGGUCUUGAAAAAGCUCAUAAAGAAUUGUCUCACGUCCCGAAUGAGUUCCGUUACCGAUCUGCGUUUGAGUACGUUCAAGCUUAUAGAAACAGCCAACUUACUCCGUUGGAUGUUGCAGAGCGACUUGUGGAGACGAUCAAGCGCACGAAUCCAAAGUUGAGAAUGCUGUGCGACUGGCAUCCUGAAAUGAUUCUCGAACAAGCGCGAGACUCAACAGAGCGUUACAUCUCUGGAAAAGUAUUGUCGCCACUCGAUGGAACCUUUUGCGUCGUCAAGGACCAGAUCUCCGUGAUCGGCCACUGCAAUCGGGGAGGACUCAGCUACGUGAACAAAAUGGAAGACGUUGACGCACCGAUCAUCACUAAAAUUCGCGAUGCCGGAAUCAUCAUCGUUGGCAUUUCAAACAUGACCGAGCUUGGAAUGUCUGUAUUUGGCGCAAACCCUUCUUCUCAUCAUGGAACUUGCAGGAAUCCGAUCAACACAGACUACUAUCCAGGGGGAAGCUCCAGUGGAACUGCUGCGGCUAUUUGCUCUGGGCUCGUCCCCUUCGGAAUCGGUACCGAUGGUGGUGGAUCGAUCAGAAUGCCUUCUUGUCAAACUGGUAUCGUUGGCUUGAAAACAACAUUCUCGAGAGUAUCUGCAAACUCUUAUUCAAAAGCCAAGACCUGCUGUAGCACAGUGGCUAAUAUCGGUCCCAUGGCAUCGAACAUCAUUGAUCUCGCGCUCUUCUAUCAAGUUCUCGCAGGUCCUGUCCGUGGUGACGCUUUCUCAAUGGCGCAACCAAAAGUGAAAGUUCCAAAAGAACUGACUCCCUAUAUCGACGGCAUCAAAAUCGGCGUUGACUGGAAAUGGGCGGAGCUUUCGCGCCCAGAAGUCUUCUCGAAUUUCAAAAAGAAAAUAGAAUUUCUGGCUGAGCGUGGUGCAAGAAUUAUUGGCAUCGACAUUCCAGAGCUGGAUUUCAUCAAUACCGGUCACUUGGUGUCUAUCGUUUCCGAAGGUUGCGAACAGAUUGGAGAGGCGCUGAAUAAGCAGCGAAAAAUUGCUCCAGACAAUGCGGUGAUUCUGAAUGCUGGAAUCGCAAAGCUCGCAGCUACCGAUUUUGUUCUUGCUGCUAAGUACAGAACGAGACUGAUGACGUACUUGAAGGGAUUGUUCAAAAGCAUCGAUAUUCUUGCCAAUCCCACUUGCGCACAAACAGCAGAACGAAUCCUGGAUAGUGAUGAAGCCGGCUGCUGGAAGUUUGGUGCUACUCUGAGAUACAUGAUGUACGUAAAACUCUCGAACUACUCGGGAAUUCCAUCCAUGUCCGUUCCAUCUGGAUUCGCGCCUGACGGAUUGCCAACUGGAAUCAUGCUCCAGGGCAACUGGUAUUCAGAAGAACUUCUUAUAAAAGUAGGCCAUGUUCUUGACCUCGACCACAAACGCGUCCGACCUCAAGUUUUCACAGACCUUCUGCACUAA